AUGCUAUGUUUUAAUGUGCCAAAUAAAGACAACGCCAGUUUCUGCUCAGUAUGCCGCAGACCGGUAUGUCUAAAAUGCUAUGAGGACAUUUUUUAAGGUCAUGAAGAUUCAGUAACUUAUAAGAUGCCUUGCCUAUGUGUUAAUUCCCAAAGAGUAGAUAUGAUUGAACUCUUUCAUCAGCAAAAGAAUGAUUUCUUGAACUUGAAAUUCAAAUGUUUCAUUUCUCCCGAUUGCACUAAAAUUUUGAGCUACUAAUAAAUGCUCAACCCAAAUGACCAUAUUUAAGACUGCGAGUAUUCCAUAUUCAGAUGUAAAUAUUGCAAAAUUGUUAAGUCCAGAAAAGAAAAAAUCAAACAUAGAUUUGAAUGUGAAGAUGCCCCAAGGAAAUGCAAGCAUUGUGCAAGAGAUGUUAAAAUGUUUAGAUACAGUGAGCAUUUAAGAUUAGUCCAUCCUGAUAUUGAGAAUGAAAAUAGCAGAGAUGCCAAUAAUUAAGGAAUUUAAUAAUAGGAUGCAAUUCAAAUUGAUACUUCUCUAAAUAGAGAUGGAAGCAAUUAGAAUAUUUCAAGAGAAUAACCUUAUAAAAGAGCAAAGAUGAAUGAUGAUGAUUAUGUUAAUAAAGAGGAUAAGAAUGGUCCAACAAAAUACCAAUAGUAUAUGUAAAGUAAAAUAACUUAAAAUAAUAUUGAAAAACAAUUAAUAGAAAUUGAUUCUAGCAACCAACUCACUAAUUAAAAAACAAAUUAAGAAUUCAGAAGGGAUAAGUUUAUCUUAAAAGUAAAGAUAGCAAAUGAGGUUGAAAGUAAAAUUAAUGAAGAGAUUAUAGUUGGUAGUGAUGUGAGAUCGAUUUAUAGCUAUGAAGAAUUUGAACAAGAACUAAUAACCAAAAAAAAUGGUAGAAAAUGA